AUGCAUCUGUUUACUUAUUAUAUUUUAUUGUUUUUAAUAAUCAAUUUAACAUUUGCUUCAUUCUCAAUUUCAAUUUAUGUUGUCCCAUCUUCAUCACCACUAAACGGAGGAGAAGAUGGUACAUUGGAAUAUCCAUUUUCAACAGUUGAACAAGCUCGUGACUAUCUUCGUACUAUUAUUCGAUCCUCGUUUCGGCGUGUAGCUCUGUAUCCUACUUAUCAUUUUGUGAAACAUCACGCAUUAAUAUUUGAUGAACGUGAUCAUUUUACAAUUUAUACAGCAAUGACACGUGAUGAACAAAAUCGAAUUCGAUUAUCAAGGAAAACAAAUUUCAUUGAAUUAGACUUUCCAAUAAUCAGUGGAGGUAUCCAUUUAACUAAUUGGAUUAAUGAUAAAGGAAUAUGGAAUAGUGUUGUUCCUGUUUCUUUAUCUGCUGUUACUCAACUGUUUGUCAAUGGUCAUCGUGCUACACGAAGUCGUUUACCUGCAACUAGUUAUUUUACUUAUGAAAAAGGACUUGAUAAUCGUACACGUCUUGCCUAUCAAGGUUUUAUUUAUCGCGAAAACCAAUUUGAUAAUAUAACACUUAGUUCAACAUCUACAACUGAAUUUAUCAUUUAUCAUUCAUAUACAGCAUCACGACAUUAUUUUUCUAAAAUAUUUCCACAAAAUCGUACUAUCACUUUUUCUAAUCCAUGUUUAUCAGUUAUUGGUAAUACAUCGAUUAUUAAACAGUCAGGUCAACGUUUUCAUCUUGAAAAUGUUUAUGAAGGAAUGUUAAAUGAAGAGGGUUCAUUUUAUUUUGAUUCGAUCACACAGAUUUUAUAUUAUCAUCCUCGAAAAAAUGAAAGUCUGCAAACAACUAUUAUCAUUUUACCAAUUCUUGAAACAAUUCUAUCAAUCAUAAAAGUACAUCAAAUGGAAUGGAAUUCAAUUGGAAUUGAACAUAGCGCAUGGAUGAUAUCUAAAAUCAAUAAAACUAUUCCUAUUGAUGGACGAGCAGCUGCUGAUUAUUUAGAUAAAUCAAUAGUUGCUGUUUAUUUACGUAAUUCAAGUCAAAUUAAAUUCAAUAAUAUAGAAAUUGCACAUACAGCUGGUUAUGCGAUACAAAUAGAUCGAAAAUGUGAACACAUUAAUAUUGAAAAUAGUAGAAUUUAUGAUUUAGGAGCAGGCGGUGUGAGAAUAGGUAUAGGAGCCAAGAAGAAUGAAAGUGAAUCUAGUGAAUUGAUAAAAAAUAUUAUUGUCAGAAAUUGUACAUUGUAUGAUGGUGGCCAUUUAUUUCCUAUGGGUGUUGGCAUUCUUUUACAACGCGCAACAAUAAAUGUCUUAAUAACAGAAAAUAGUAUAUAUCAAUUUUUCCAUACAGCUAUUCAAAUUGGUUGGUCAUGGAGUUAUGACGAAAGUUCAUCGUAUAAUCAUAGCAUAUCUUUUAAUUAUAUUCAUCAUAUUGGACAAUAUCUAUUGAGUGAUCUUGCUGGUAUUUAUACAUGUGGUCUUCUUAAUGGAACACUAAUUACAAAUAAUGUUUUACAUGAUAUUUACGGAUAUUUUUUGUAUGAUUGGGGCGUUUAUUUAGCUGAUGGAACUUCACAAUUGAUGAUAACUAAUACAAUUGUUUAUAAUACGGGUUCAGCUGCUUUCACUAUGAUUUAUGGUUUCAAUAAUACAUUUCAAAAUAAUAUUCUAGCUCGAUCAAGUAAUCAAAGUGAUGGUGCUCUUUCAUUAUAUCGUCGUGAAUCACUGAGUCACUUAUCGUUUACUUUUCAACAUAAUAUUGUUUAUGAUAUAGUAAAUGAAAGUGGACGUUGGAUAUUUCAAGUUCAAGCACCAGAUCCAUUUUCAUCACCUUUGGUUAUCAUGAAUUAUAAUUGUUAUUUUAAUCUAUAUGGCAAUAUGAUGAUUUUUGGUCUUGGAAGACUUGUUUUUAGUGAAUGGCAAGAAACGAAUCAUGAUACGAAUAGCAUCAUAGACGAUCCACUUUUUAUUGAUGCUGACAGUCACUGUAAUUUUUUCAAUCUUAAUAUCGAUAGUCCAGCUGUUAAAGAGUUAGAUUUCAAACCAAUUCAGCAAUUAUCUCAAUGGAAGCCUGGAUGUUAA